GCUGACUGAUAUGGGAUGUUGCUUGAUGACGAGCGAAAAGCCAUCUCGUCAGUAGAAGUCUCGCUUCUAGUCUACAACACACUGGCAACUGUGAGCGACCAUUUCAGAUCAGUCGUGUUUGAGACAAGCUCGGCCAUUUCUACCAUAUUGAUGCGCCGAUUUCGGACUUCAUUUAAAAACCUGACAAGCUUCCCUCGACCGACGUUAUGCGCUGUGUUCCGCUCUGUUCUGGUGCAGGAGAAAGGGACCUAGGCAGACAGCAGACCGGUUAUACACGGGACACCCAUGAACACAGAGAUAAGUCCGCUGCGAAAAAAGCAUUCAGAGGCACGUCUUGGGGGCGUCGAAAAACAGCUAGCAAAGGCCUAGAACGACCACUGGUUUUGAUUUUGUGGCAAGUGUUUUCGUGCUUAAUCUCCCUGAAUGGAUUCUCAAGCAGGCAUUCUGUUCUCCGCAGCGCAGUGACCGCCAGUAUAUGUGUGAGUUAUAACGUCGGUGUUGCGCUGAAAGGGGUAGAUGCUGUGAUUAUUAGAUUGGGUGUUAAGAAACGACGGUCCGAUGCUAGAAAUGCAAGGUAUUGUUCCCGAGAUUGUGCAUGUUGCGGCAGCAGAAUAGAUUGGAUUUUUUCCAAAUGCUGUCCACUUAAGGAAGUCUUAUAUUCGGGGUUGCCGAAUGACGGACCAUGGACCGUCAGAGUGCUCAAUUCGAUGGGACAGGCAAAACACUGGCUUUGGCUUAGCGUCAGAAGAUCCAUGACUGGAAUCAGUCAAGAGAGAUAAACAACACUGGAAGAAGCUAGCUUAUCUCUACGGCAUUGCUUGGUAGAUUUUCUGUUCGCUAAGAAAGCAGUCCGCCAC